AAAAAAUAUAAAAAGGAAAAUUACGCACUUUACGUUGCGAGAAAAUAAUGGAAAAGAGAAAAUUCUCCGAUUCCCCUUUUUAGUUUAUAGCUGAGAGAGAGAAAUUAAAAAUCACGCGACGACUUUUGAUUCUUCCAUUCACGAAUUGCGUUAGGGUUUCGUAAUUUUGCGUUGCGGUGCUUUUUCGAUCAAUUUUCCUCGAAAGUUUUAUUCUUUUUCGGUUUCUGAGUUUUGGGUUGUUAAAUUGAGAAUUGAGAAUUGGUUUUGAAGGUUCAGAAAGAGAAAGAGAGAGAGAGAGAGAGAGAGAAGGGGAAAAUAUGAUGGCUUCUUCUUCUUCUUCAGCUACUGUCGCAGUAGAGAAGGCGACCAGCGAUCUUCUUAUGGGCCCUGAUUGGACCAUGAACAUCGAAAUAUGUGAUUCCAUCAAUUCUAAUCAUUGGCAGCCAAAAGAUGUGGUAAAAGCUGUGAAGAAGAGAUUACAACAUAGGAGCUCUAGAGUUCAAUUACUUGCUCUCACGCUUCUGGAGACAAUGGUGAAGAACUGUGGUGAUUAUGUGCACUUUCAGAUUGCUGAGCGGAACUUAUUAGAGGAGAUGAUCAAAAUCGUAAGGAAGAAGGCAGAUAUGCAAGUGAGGGAUAAAAUUUUAGUGUUGCUGGACUCAUGGCAAGAGGCAUUCGGGGGACCAGGUGGUAAAUAUCCUCAGUACUUUUGGGCAUAUGAGGAAUUAAGGCGAACUGGAGUAGUUUUUCCAAAGCGUUCACCAGAUGCAGCUCCAAUAUUUACACCACCUCCUACCCAUCCAAAUUUAAGAAAUAUGCAAGCUGGAUAUGGGAUGCCUAGCACUUCAUCAAAAACACUUGAUGAAACCAUGGCAACAGAGAUAGAAAGCUUAAGUUUUUCAAGUUUGGAGUCCAUGCAACAUGUUUUGGACCCUUUGAGUGACAUGUUACAGGCUGUGAAUCCUAGUGAUCGGGCGGCUGUAAGAGACGAAGUCAUUAUUGAUCUUGUUGAUCGCUGUCGGACAAACCAGAAAAAAUUGAUGCAGAUGCUAACAACAACUGGGGAUGAGGAUCUUCUUGGAAGAGGCCUCGAAUUAAAUGAUAGUAUUCAAAGUUUGCUUGCAAGGCAUGAUGCAAUUGCUUCUGGUACUUCAUUUCCAAUUCAAGGUGCAAGUUCCAGCACUGUGUCAACUGAAGUUCACUCUAGUGUCGAUCAAUCUGAUGUAAAGAGCUCCAGCCCUGUCGAGUCUGCUUCGACACCUAAAGCUAGCUCUUCAGCCAUAGUCUUUACUGAAAACAGGAGCCAAAGUGAUGAAGAGGAAGAAGAUGAAUUUGCGCAGCAAGCUCGGAGGCAUUCUAAGGCACAGCCAGUAACUUCAAAAGAUGCUACAACUGGAUCCAGUGAAAAUUCUGGGUCAAGUCCAAAUGUGCCAGACCCCUCAACCUCAGGCCCAUCCAAUGCCUUAGUUCUUUCUGACCCACCUGCUCCAAUUAGCGCUGCAAAGGACCAGGACAUUAUUGACUUACUGAGUAUCACAUUGUCAAUGUCACCGUCGUCACAGACAACUUAUGAACCACCGCCACAGACAACUUAUGAACCAUCUCCACAGACAACUUAUGAACCAUCAGGCUCUAGCCAAGGCAUUCAUCAGAGACCCGUUCCAUCUGGAACAGAAGGGUAUUCUUAUGCUUCCCAAACAUAUCCGGGAAAUUUGGCAUACAACAGUUACGUUGUUCCUUGGGCUCAAACUCAACCUAAGUCAGAAUUUCAAACCCAGCCUCAACAACAGACGUAUCAAUCUCAACAACAGACGUUUCAAUCUCAAUCCCAACCUCCAACCCCACCCUCAGCUCGACAAUUACAUACGCAUUAUGAAUCCAAACAAGCACCGCUUCAUCAAUCGACCCAUCCACAGUCUGAACCAUUGCAAUCACAACCCCCAGGUGCAUUGCAACCACAACCUCAACAUCAUCAAUAUAGCCCUCCUCAACAGCAUUUGCAACCUCCUAAUGAACCCCAACCACUACAGUAUCAGCCACAGCACCAACCACCACAGUCUCAACCCCAGCUUCAGUUACAGUAUCAGCACCAACCUGCGCAUGCUCAGCAACCUCAAUCGCAACCGAAUCAACAUGUUCAAUAUCCUUCGAGAUAUCCUCCCCCACCAUGGGCUGCUACACCUGGAUAUGCCAACUAUCAAAACCACUCAACUGCUACAAAUGCGAUUUCAUCUCCUCAAGGCAGCACAACAGCAUCUUAUACAUCUGCACCAGGGGUUAGGCCUUCUGGAGUGAGGAACCCAACAAGUGCAACUGGACAAAGGCCUUUCGUUCCGUCUUACAGGUUAUUUGAAGAUCUGAAUGUUUUUGGAAACACAGAUGGAAGGGUAAAGAUGACCAGCAGUGGCACAUCAUCCAGCUUGUCAGGGUCAAUGGGACCUGGCAUGGUUGGGGGGCGCAAGUGAAGUUUUUAUUCAUGUGUAAAAAUGUGUUGAUACGCUGUAAAAAAUGGGACCAGCAGUAUUAUUAGCUUCUCAUUUGCAUCUUAUGUAAGUUCUUUAGAUUGAUACUAGUGCUCCUUCCUAUUUGAGUAGAUCAUAAAGUCAUUAGUUUGAGUGUUACCUCAGACGACACAUGACUUUGAACAUUCUUUCAUGUAAGGUUUUCUGGUAGUGCUUCUCUUUCUGGUGUUCA